AUGAUGACGACGUGCCGUCUGCUGUGCGCCCUGCUGGUGCUUGCCCUGUGCUGCUGCCCUUCCGUGUGCGCCACAGACAUUACCCUGAAUGAACCUCAAAUUGAGGGAAACGGCGCCAGCCUGCCGUCCACUACAUCUGAGACUAAGCCUAAGACUCAAAGUCCUGCCGACACCAGUCCAUUGCCCUCUCCAUCAGAAGGAGAACAGGAGAAAGGUAAGGCGGGGCCGUCGGGUUUGGUGCCCGCUUCGGAAGAGGAAGAUACUGCCAGAGAUGAACAAACUUUGAACGGCCCGGAUUCGCAUUCAAGUGUCGCGACCAGUACUUUGCAGAGCGAGGGUACGGAUGGUACAUCAGGGUCACAAAGCCGCACGAGUAAGGUUGCAGAAAAAGCAACUGAGGAAGCCAAAAAUCCUGCCGCGACGAUCACGACGACUACAACAAAAACACCAAGUACCACCACCACCACCAGUACUACAACCACAGAGGCACCAAGUAAUACGGCCAUGACUACAGAGGCGCCAACCACGACGACCACCCGCGCACCGUCACGUCUUCGCGAAAUCGAAGGCAGCCUCAGCAGCUCUGCGUGGGUGUGUGCCCCGCUGCUGCUCGCCGCAUCCGCGCUGGCGUACACCGCUCUGGGCUGA